GAGCAGCCCCAAACACCCACCGUCUAGAAAGGCCAAGCCAGACCAAGAAAAGACGACGCGAGCCAUGGCGUACAUAUAAACACGACCGGGUACUAAUAGCUUCCCCUCAUCAAACCACAAGUACGUCCUGCCGCCGCUGCGUCUCGUGCACUCGUACAGGCAGCAGCUUACCACCGAGGCGUGAGCCGAUUAGGAUCGGAGCUUCGAGCAUGGGAGACUACAACAGGAUCCACCCGGUAACGGUCGGCUCGCCGCCGCCGACGUCCGCGCCGCCGGAGCAGGCCAGCAGGGGCAAGAAACCCAGCCAUGAGCAGCUGCAGCUCCCGGUCACGGCCCCGGCGCCGGGCGCGCCCGCGCCGCUGCCCCCGCCCCCGCGCCGCAAGCGGCACAGCCGCUGCUGCCGGUGCGUGUGCUGCACCCUGCUCGCCGUCGUCCUUCUCGUCGUCGCGCUCGCCGCCACGGCGGGCAUCCUCUACGUCGUCUUCCGGCCCAAGAUCCCCAACUUCCGCGUGGACCGGCUCACCGUCACCCGGUUCGACGUGAACACCACGACGAUGACGGUGACCGACGCGUUCGACGUCGACGUGACCGCCACCAACCCCAACAAGCGCAUCGGCAUCUACUACGACGGGGGCGAGGUCACGGCGUCCUUCAACGGCACGCAGCUGUGCCGCGGCGACUUCCCCACGCUGUACCAGGGGCACCGGACCACCGUGCAGCCACGCAUCACGCUCACCGGGGAGACGCGGCUGGACAGCGCCGUGGUAGCUCAGCUGGCGCAGCAACGGCAAGCCGGGUUUGUGCCAUUGACGGUGCGCGCCCGUGUUCCGAUCCGCAUAAAGUUCGGAGCCAUUAAGCUGUGGAAGAUGACAGGGAAGGCUGAUUGCAACUUGGUGGUGGAUAAUCUCCAGGCAGGCACGCAGCUUCGCAUCCGAUCCAACAGUUGCAGUUUUAAGCUGAAGAUCUAGGCAUCUUUUGCUCAUCAUUAGUUCGUUUAUUUUUUUCCCCUCGCCUGUGUACAGUUCAUUAGCUAUCAAUAAGAUUGCAUCUCCAUUUCUUGAAUCCAUUCAGCCUCAGCUGGUGGUAGAGAUGUACUACAAUUUCUCUCCAUUCCUUUCGGCAUGUGUAUUCAUCAUUUGAGUGUAAUAAUUACCAGACAUGAAAUUAUUUUUAUAUAUGUUAAUAAAGCAUAGUGCUAUCUAUAA